UAGAACUCGGGUCCCGCGCGACGACGGGUGGGGCAGAGGCGCACGGAACCUGCCCGUGGGCCUCUGGGAGUUGUAGUUCGGCGCCCGCCCGCGCAGGCGCAGUCCCAGCCAACGGCGGACGCGGCAUUUAUCCGGCCAUCAGACAAGGGAAUGCGACGUGGGAGAGUUCUGACGCGGGGAGGCGAGACUAAGGCCGGCCGGUUCGGUUAGCACGGCCGAACUCGGAUUCGGAGCCCAACAGCCACGGCCCAGGGCAGAGACGGGGCGAGCAAGGAAACGACCGGAAGUGCGCGCGCCGCCCUCUGGGAGCUGUAGUUGGGCGUCCGCCUGCGCAGGCGCAGACCCAGCUGGUGGCGGCUGAGGCCUUUGUCCUGUGGUCCGGCUGGAGCAAGUGACCUUUGAGGACGUGGUUGUGGACUUCACCCAGGAGGAGUGGGGGCAGCUGGAGCCCGCCCAGAGGACCCUGCACUGUGAUGUGAUGCUGGAGACCUUCAGGCUCCUGGUCUCUGUAGAUUUGGAAACCAGACCCAAAACCAAAGUGUCAGCUCCAGAGCAAGACAUCACUGAAGGACUACCCAGCAGUAUUCUGGCAGAAAGGGGUCUGUGGGGUAGUCUGUGGUACUCUGAGGGCAACAAUGCAGAGGGCCGCAGGGGACACAGUUGUGAGAGCCAAGAGAGCCAUGUGGUGAAGACACCCAUGCAGCAGCAGCAGGCGGAUGGGUUUGGGGAAAACUUAAGUCUGAGCGCCCGUCUCCCAACUCAGCCCAUGACUCCGGAAAGCGAAGGCCAAGGCCUCCACGUGCUGGGGCCUCGCGGCAGGAGGGCGAAGCCAGACCCAGGGUCCAACGCUCGGCAGAAGACACUCGCAGAGGCGAAGCCCUUCAAAUGUCAGGCAUGCGGCAAGGCCUUCGGUCACAGCUCGGCGCUCCUGGAGCACCACCGGACGCACACCGGGGAGAGACCGUACGAGUGUCCUGAGUGCGGGAAAGGCUUCCGAAACAGCUCGGCCCUCACCAAACACCAGAGAAUCCACACCGGUGAGAAGCCGUACCGUUGCCCACAGUGUGGGAAGACCUUCAACCAGAUCGCGCCACUGACCCAGCACGCGCGCACGCACACGGGCGAGAAGCCGUACGCGUGCGGCGAGUGCGGCAAGGCCUUCAGCUUCCGCUCGUCCUUCAGCCAGCACGCGCGCACACACACGGGCGAGAAGCCUUACGCGUGCGGCCGCUGUGGCAAGGCCUUCCGCCAGAGCGUGCACCUCCGCCAGCACGCGCGCGUGCACACUGGGGAGCGGCCGUACGCGUGCAGCGACUGCGGCAAGGCCUUCGGCCACAGCUCGUCGCUGACCAAGCACCGGCGCGUGCACACAGGCGAGCGGCCGUACGCGUGCCGCGAGUGCGGCAAGGCCUUUGCGCAGAUCACGCCGCUGCUGCAGCACCAGCGCACGCACACGGGCGAGCGGCCGUACGAGUGUGGCGAGUGCGGCCGGGCCUUUAGCCAGAGCACGCUGCUCACCGAGCACCGCAGGAUCCACACGGGCGAGCGGCCCUACGGCUGCAAUGAGUGCGGCAAGACCUUCAGCCACAGCUCUUCGCUCAGCCAGCACGAGCGCACUCACACGGGCGAAAAGCCGUAUGAGUGCGGCCACUGUGGCAAGGCCUUCCGCCAGAGCACGCAUCUCACGCAGCACGCGCGCGUGCACACUGGGGAGCGGCCGUACGCGUGCGGCGACUGCGGCAAGGCCUUCGGCCACAGCUCGUCGCUGACCAAGCACCGGCGCGUGCACACAGGCGAGCGGCCGUACGCGUGCUGCGAGUGCGGCCGGGCGUUCAGCCAGCUCGCGCCGCUCGUGCAGCACCAGCGCACGCACACCGGCGAGAAGCCCUACGAGUGUAACGCGUGCGGCAGGGCCUUCAGCCAGAGCUCGCUCCUCGUGGAACACCAGAGGAUCCACACCAAGGAGAAGCCCUACGGCUGCAACGAGUGUGGGAAAUCCUUCAGCCAUAGCUCGUCGCUCAGCCAGCACGAGCGCACGCACACCGGCGAGAAGCCCUACGAGUGUCAGGACUGUGGGAAAUCGUUCAGGCAGAGCACCCACCUCACGCAGCACCGGCGGAUCCACACGGGAGAGAAGCCAUAUGAGUGCAGGGACUGCGGGAAGGCCUUCACACACAGCUCGUCCCUCACCAAGCACCAGAGAACUCAUACUGGGUAGACCUCACGUGCGCUAGGACGUGGGAAAGCCUUAAGUCAUAGCUCAUCCCUUCCUAGACUUGACCCCGUCGUUCCUAAUGGCAACAGUACAAAUAUAUGCAAGCGCAAGCCAUCACACGGAAUAUAUGCCUCACACACCCUCAGAGAAAUGACGGAAAUGAUUGUGGGCAUACUGAGCUCUAGGACAUCCAUCCCCAGAUAUCAGUAGUAGGGAAGCACGGAGCUCGUCAGUGUUGAGGACUGUCAGUCAUGAGUGUCCACUAAUGCUACAUGAUAGAACCUACAAAGGAGAGAAAUGGGGGGAGGGAGGAUGUAGUGGAGCAGAGGAUAGCUUCUGUCCAAGGAUUCACAAUAUUCCAAACCAGAGGUUUGCAAAGUGGUGAGAAACCCAACAAAUGCUUUUCAUAUACAGGAAACACAUACACUCAGAAUUUAGUAUCGCAUAUUACGUUCUUCUGGGUGCUUAUGAACGGAGCAAGGCAACUAUGAAUGAAUUUCUCUACAGGUUACCCACGGGCAUUAAAACACAGAUGAUGUUUCAGAAAAAGGAAGAUGUUUUCCUUUGUCCCAUCUUCUGAACAACAGCACCUCCACACUGGAACCCUAUGUUUUGCAAGGUUUAUCCCUUGAGAAAUGUACUUUUUCAUGGAGUCUCCUUCCCAGUGUAUAAUAAGCUUUUGUUUUUGUGUAA